CUUCAGGCUCAAGCUCAGCCUCCAGAAACCAGUGGAGGAAGAGCUGCAAGAUCUGAAGUUCCAGACUUUUCUGGAGAUUGAUGAUUGAUGCUUACUUUGCUGGAGUUUCUGUGUUAAAGGGAGAUGUUUUUUGGUAUGCUGAGCCAAUGAUGGACUGUCCUCAUGAAGGACUGAUGUUGUGAAGGUGCAACCUUCCCAAGGUGGAGUGUGAGCAUGGUCUGCAUUGAGGGUAAUCCUGAGUGCCAGUCUCCACUAAUGUAUGUCCUGACUCCUGAUCUACCUUGUCGUGCAGUCCUGCUGUCCAUUAUGGUGCAUCUUGGGAGGGGUCUUCAUUGAGGUACUACCUAAGGGCUGAGCUACAUUUUGGUGCACCCUGAAUUCUGCUUUCCAUUGGGGUGAAUCUUGAGAGGGACCUGCACUGGAAAAAUAUCUCUUCUGAAGUGUGUCCUCGGCUGGUCUCAGUUGGCGUGCAUCUUAAAAGCGGUCUCCAUUCAGAUUUAUCCUGAGGGCUGGUUUCCACUAGCGUGUAUCCUGGCCUCCAUUGGGGUGCAUCUUGUAAAGCUCCAGGUAAAGUUGCAGGAAAGGAGGCUGGUACGCCAGGCAUGGGUUGCACGGCCAGUGUGGUUCAACUGCAGGCUCUUCGCUCGUUAAUGAGAGGCAGCUGUGCUCGGACCUGUUCAGAGCGACAGGAGCAGAUAUCCCUGGAGGUCCUACAAUCAUUGGACAGCGAGGUGGACAGCCGGCCACGCACCAUUAUUAUCACGCAGGAGAAGCCGAAGCUGAUCGAUCCUCUGGACUAUGAGGCUGUGAUUACUGAACUAGAACUGGAGCUUAAGGAGGACCCUCUACAAGACCUGCUGCUCUUCCCAGACCAUGAUUUCACUGUGUCUACCCUUCCUCAGGAGAGACGAACACAGCAAUCCACUGUGCCGGAGGGGGCAGAGGAACAGGCUGAAAGUCUGCUGGUCAGACAGGCCUGCCAGUAUUACAACUCCCAGCUGCACAUGGUUGAGUACAAGUAUCAGGAGUAUGCAGGGGACUACCGCAUGCUGCCCAGGAAAUUGCAUAAGGCUCAGAAAUUGCCCACCCACUCAUUCGAGAUCGACCAUGAAGAUGUAGAUAAGGAUGAGGACACAACGUCGCUGUCAUCGUCCAAAGGUGGAGGGGGAGGUGGAGGCAGUGGAGGUGGAGGGACAGGUGUCUUCAAGUCUGGCUGGCUCUAUAAAGGGAACUUCAACAGCACGGUCAACAACAGCAUCACUGUUCGGUCAUUCAAGAGGAGAUAUUUCCAACUUACACAACUAACUGACAACUCCUACAUCAUGAACUUCUACAAAGAUGAGAAAAUCUCAAAGGAGCCUAAAGGUUGCAUAUUUCUGGACUCAUGCACAGGGGUAGUUCAGAAUAACCGAUUGAGGAAGCACGCCUUUGAGCUGAAGAUGAACGAAGUGACAUACUUUGUGCUUGCAGCAGAGAGCGAGCAGGACAUGGAGGACUGGAUCAACACAUUAAAUCGUAUCCUCCAGAUCAGCCCACCCGAGGUUACCGCUCUGGACCGCAAAAGCUUGGACCUGACAGACACCAGACACGAUGUAUUUGAUCUGUCCUCGAAUAACGGCUGUCUCACUGAAAACGAGGAAACGACAGAAAACGGAAUCAAUCCUGAAUUAGCUAAGUACAUAACUGAAACUGAAGAGACAGUGAGAGCAGCCAGAAGAGAAGAGAGACUGAAUUUGUUCUCCCUGGACCCUGAUACUCCUGUUUUGAGGAGUCCACGGGGGGAUUGUGGGGAGCCGUCGCACAUCCGACCUUUCGAGGAGAAGCUGGGAAAGAGAUUAAUGAUUUACUGCCGCUCUCUCAACCUCACACUGCAGGGCUGUGUGAAUGAGGCGGAGACGGAGCCCGUCACUAAUAUCGAGCCUUUUUUUGUAACUUUGGCGCUGCUGGACAUGCGAGAGAACAGAAAGGUCUCGGCUGACUUUCACGUGGACCUCAACCACGAGAUUGUACGAAAAAUGCUCAGUGGCUUGGGAAACCCUGGAUCUCAGGGCACACCUGGAGGUCAUGGCGGAGUGCAGGAGAAUGGUCUGAAGUCACCGACAGAGAAGAGAAGUGGCGACUGCCAGCUCAGUCAGGAACUGGAGGACUGGUUAUGCUUCCCUAAACAGGCUAUCUUCUCCAUCACAAAUCCUCACACGGAUAUCGUCAUGGUGGCCCGAAUAGAGAAAGUGCUUAUGGGUAAUAUUACAAGCGGGACAGAGCCCUACAUUAAGAACACAGACAACAGCAAGACUGUUCAAAAGAUGCUGAAAUCCAACAAGCAGUUCUGUAGCAAGCUGGGGAAAUACCGCAUGCCUUUCGCGUGGUCUGUAAGGUCAGUAUUUAAGGAUAACCAGGGCAUGGUGGACCGGGAAUCUCGGUUCUCUCCUCUCUUCAAGCAGGAGAGCAACAAGAUUUCCACCGAAGACCUGCUUAAGCUCAUCACAGAGUACAGAAGGGCAGAGAAGACCAGUAAACUCCAGACCAUUCCUGGCAGCCUAGAGAUCAGUGUGGACUGUGUCCCAAUGGAGCAUCCCAACGCCGUGACAUCGUCGUAUGUUCCUGUGAAGCCAUUCGAUGACUGCAGUCUGCACGCUCCUACGGUGGAAGUCGAAGAGUUCCUGCAAGAUUCAGCCAAAUUCGCUCAACCUUACCGAGUUUACAAGAACCACAUUUACGUCUACCCCAAACACCUUAAAUAUGAUAGCCAGAAAAGCUUUGCCAAGGCCCGGAAUAUCGCCGUUUAUGUAGAGUUUCGAAACUCUGACGAAGAGCAUGCCAAACCACUUAAGUGUAUCUACGGAAAGCCGGGAGGUCCAGUUUUCACCACAGCUGCCUGCUCUACAGUUCUUCACCACUCGCAGAACCCAGACUUUUAUGACGAGGUGAAGAUUGAGCUGCCCACACAGCUCCAUGAGAAACACCAUCUGCUCUUCUCGUUUUUUCACGUGACGUGUGAUAUCAAUGCCAAGACCAGCUCGAAGAAGAAAGAGGCUCUUGAAACUCCAGUGGGCUAUGCAUGGCUGCCACUUUUGAAGGAUGGCCGUCUGACAUCUCAGGAGUUUAAUGUCCCAGUCUCAUGCACUCUACCCACUGGGUACCUGCUUAUUAAAGAGUCUUCAUCCAGUAAGAACGGAUCCGAUGUGAAAUGGGUAGAUGGAGGAAAGCCUAUUUUCAAGGUGUCUACGCUGGUACUGUCCACGGUAUACACUCAGGACCCCCAUCUUAACCGGUUCUUCCAGCAGUGCCAAAAACGAGAGACAGAUUUCUCACAACCACCUACCUCAAACUUUCUCAACUGCCUAAAGGGCCUCCUUAGUAUGGAGAGGAACCACGUAAUUAUUCGCUUCCUGCCCAUCCUCUUUAACCAGCUGUUUAAAGUCCUCACCCAGAACGACUCCGAUGACGUCACCACUACCACCACCAGGGUCCUAGUUCACAUCCUUUCCAAGUGCCAUGAAGAAAACCUGGACCGCUAUUUGCACUCCUACAUAAAGUUUGUGUUUAAGACUGAGGCACAUGGAUUCCGGACCGUGCAUGAGGAGCUGGCAAAAGGCAUGAACUCAGACCUGAAGAGCAAUGAGCAGUCGGCUGUGAAAAACAUCCUCAAGUUUUCUUGGUUCUUUCUGGAAAUCAUAGCGAAGUCCAUGGCCCAGCACCUUGUCGAUUCUGAAAAGCUCAAAGUUCCUCGGUCGCAGCGGUUCCCAGGCACCUUCCAGAGCCACUUGGAGACUCUCAUCAUGACCAUGUCAGAUCACAUCUACUGGAAAAGCAAAGAUCUGCCCGACGAGACUCGCAGUGCCAGCCAGGCUAUUGCUGCCUUCGUAAAACGCUGUUUCAAUCUGAUGGACAGAGGUUUUACCUUCAAACUCAUCAGCAACUACAUCAACAUGAUCGCAAACAGUGACAACAAGAUGCUGUGCGAGUUCAAGUUCGAGUUCCUGAGGGAGGUGUGUAACCACGAGCACUACAUCCCUCUCAGCCUGCCCAUCCCUUCCGCUCAAAUCCCAGAUAAGGCCUCGUCGGAAACGCAAAGUGCUCAGGUGGAUAUGCCAGAGUACAACCUGACUGGGGAGUUCUGUAGGAAACAUUUCCUGACAGGUCUGCUGUUGAGGGAACUCGGCUUGGCUCUCCAAGAUGAACAAGACAUUAGGCACCUGGCUCUGGCCAGCCUGAAGAACCUGAUGGCCAAGCACUCCCUGGAUUCCCGUUACGCCUUGAAGGAGAAGCAGGCCAGGAUCGCUUCUUUGUAUCUGCCCCUGUAUGGUCUAAUCCUGGACAAUAUGCCACGCUUCUUCCUCAGGGACCUCUUCCCCAUUUAUCUCACCUCCAGUGACCAGCAUAUUCCAACAAAAAUCCAGCCCAGAGGCCGCAUUUAUAAAGAAGGUUCCAAAGAUGAUGUGAGUGUAGGAGGAGGAGGAGGAGCACUGGCGUGUCAGAGUGGUCACAGCACUCGUCAUGGAAACUCCGUAGAUGUCGCCUUGUCCAAGGAGGUGCUCAACUCUAUUACAGUGUUUUCAUCGCUUGCUGUAUCCACGGCUAACAACACUGAUUCACGAGGCUCGCUCAUCAGCAUUGAGUCCAACCCCAGCAACAGUGACCGCAACAGCGAGAAGAUGGACGGAUGUGAAAAGUUCACCAGGCCUCAGUCCUUGAUUGGUUUUGGCUCACGCUUUGACAAACUGGACCAGGCAGAGACGCGCAGUCUGCUUAUGUGUUUCCUGCAUAUUAUGAAAACCAUAUCAGAAGACGUCAUGGUUGCAUACUGGCACCGAGCCAUUCAACAGGAGAUUUCAGACUUCUUCAACAUCUUAGAACUCUGUCUCCAGCACUUCAGGUUCUUGGGAAAGCGUCACAUAGCCAGGAAGUUAGCAGCUGCGGUUAAGCUGGCGCAGGCCACGCAGAACACUGGCACUCUGAAGGGUUCGAAUGCUUCCACCCAGUCCUCAGGGCUUCUGCCCCAAUGGAUGCUGUCAGGUCAGGAUGGGCACAGACAUGCACGUUCCCAUACCAUGCCCAUUCUUCGGGGAAAGAAUGCCCUCACCAACCCCAAACUGCUGCAGAUGAUGGAAACAGUAGAUGGGAAUUCAGCUGAGAAUGACAACUUCAACCCGACAGACAUCGAAGCCAAUCUGUCCACAGAAGUGUCCCUUACCGUGCUCGAUGUCCUGGGACUAUUCGUGCAGCACCACAAGAAACAGCUGCAGCAGGAUGAAGGUCAGAACUAUCUGAUGAAGAAAGUAUUCGACACCUACCUGCUCUUCUUCCAAAUCAAUCAGUCAACUACCACUCUUAGGCACGUCUUUGCUGCAUUGCGCCUCUUCAUACAGAAGUUCCCCUGCGUGUUUUUCCAGGGGAAAGCUGACCUGUGUGGUUGUCUAUGCUACGAGAUUCUGAAAUGCUGUAACCAUCGAUCCAGUAGCACACAGACCGAGGCCGCUGCCCUCCUCUAUUUCCUCAUGAGGAAGAAUUUUGAGUUCACCAAGGGCAAAUGUAUCGUCCGUUCCCACCUCCAGGUCAUUAAAGCUGUGAGUCAGCUGAUUGCAGAUGCAGGUAUAGGAGGCUCACGUUUCCAGCAGUCUCUGGCCAUUAUCAACAACUUCGCCAAUGGCGAUGCACCUCUUAAAAACACGACAUUCCCGGCUGAUGUGAAAGACCUGACGAAGCGAAUCCGUACCGUCCUGAUGGCUACGUCGCAAAUGAAGGAGCACGAGAAGGACCCGGAGAUGCUGGUAGACUUGCAGUACAGCCUUGCCAACUCGUAUGCCAGCACCCCUGAGCUGCGAAGGACCUGGCUGGAAAGCAUGGCCAAGAUCCACGUCCGCAAUGGAGACCUGUCUGAGGCUGCCAUGUGCUACAUCCAUAUCUCUGCCCUCAUAGCAGAGUCACUGAAGAGGAGAGGUUACUGGAAGCCUGAAAAGGCACGGAUCUCAACCAUGGGUACAGAGGAGGCCAAUGUAAUUAACUGUUGCCCUUUACUAACCCCUCAAGAAGGAGAAACCUCAUUCAGCAUGGGCUGGCCUGCAUUUAUGAACAUCACCCCCAACGUGCAGGAGGAAGGAGCCAUGAAGGAGGAUACUGGCACCCAGGAUACACCUUACACUGAGGACACACUGGUGGACCAGCUCGAGCUGUGUGUGGAUUAUCUGUGGAAGUCUGAAAGGCAUGAGCUCAUAGCAGAUAUCAAUAAGCCCGUCAUCGCCGUCUAUGAGAAGAGACGAGAUUUCAAGAGACUGUCAGAACUGUAUUACGACAUCCAUCGCUCAUAUCUGAAAGUGAACGAGGUUGUAAACUCAGAGAAGCGUCUGUUUGGCCGAUACUACCGUGUGGCUUUCUACGGACAGGGAUUCUUCGAAGAGGAGGAGAGUAAGGAGUUUAUCUACAAAGAGCCGAAGCUCACAGGCCUUUCAGAGAUUUCUCAGAGGCUCCUCAAACUCUACUCCGACAAGUUUGGCGCAGACAAUGUCAAAAUGAUCCAGGACUCCAACAAGGUGAACCCCAAAGACCUGGAUCCUAGAUUCGCCUACAUUCAGGUCACAUAUGUGGUGCCAUACUUUGAUGAGAAAGAGCAACAGGAAAAGAAGACCGAUUUUGAGAGGAAUCACAACAUUAAUCGCUUCGUAUUUGAGACACCGUUUACUCUUUCUGGCAAGAAGCAUGGCGACGUGGAGGAACAGUGCAAGAGGCGCACCAUCCUGACCACGAGCUCCAUGUUCCCGUACCUGAAGAAGCGGAUCCAGGUGGUGAAGCAGCAGAGCACAGAAAUGAACCCUAUCGAGGUGGCCAUCGAUGAGAUGAGCCGCAAAGUGUCUGAACUCAACCAGCUCUGCAAGAUGGAUGAGGUGGACAUGAUCCGGCUGCAGCUUAAGCUUCAGGGCAGUGUCAGUGUGAAGGUAAAUGCAGGACCAAUGGCAUAUGCUCGGGCAUUUUUGGAGGAGAAAAAUGCAAAGAAAUACCCAGACAACCAAGUCAAGUUGCUCAAAGAGAUCUUCAGGCAGUUUGCAGAUGCGUGUGGCCAGGCUCUGGACGUGAAUGAGCGGCUGAUAAAGGAGGACCAGCUGGAGUACCAGGAGGAAAUGAGAGCUCACUACAAAGACAUGCUGAACGAGCUCUCUGCCAUUAUGAACGAACAGAUCUUACAUGGAAGACAGUCAGUUACAGAGCGACCCAACGCCUUCUGAGCUGCCACUCAGCGUCCGGGAAGAUUUUUUUUUGUUGCUGUUGUUGUUCUUUUAACCCCAAGAACCUUGUCAGUGUUACUCUCAAUAUGAACCUUGAAGACGUUGCGAGGAAAUUAAUGAACUGAAAAAUUGAAGCAGAAGAAAGGUUCAGUAAGAGUGAAAUGUGUAAAAGGUUGCAGUCCUGUGGAUGAUACAGACCAGGCAGCUGCUCUGUUUUUGGUUGUGAAGGACACAGUAUGACUUUCCCCCCCCCUGUACUACCACACGUACAUGCACACACAGACACACUCCUCUUAUAUACACUCAAAUUCACAUAUGCCUUCUCUCCCAGACCCUGUUCCUCUAGAAAACAGUGACCUUAAUUAGCUUGAGGUGUGUUCAACUACGCAAGACUUUCUUACAAUCUUAUUAGAGGGCUUUUACAUCACUGAAUCUGCUUGUGAACAUUUACUUGAUAGAUUAUUGGCUGUUUUAGGAAUUUAAGGGUAUAAUUAUUAUCAUGUUCCAUUUUUCUAGUGUAUCCCAGAUGGUCUUGUUGAACACACCUCUAGUUUGUGUAUGAAUGUAGACAUGCUUAAAAUAGCAACAUUGUAUCCUAACAUUCACAAAUCUCGCAACUCUCACAUUUUGGAAACAGAAAUGUACUGUUUUAUAACGUUUUUAUGACUGAAAAUGUGUUAUUAUGUCGUGUACUGUUUAAAAUUUGUAUAUAAGAAUUAUUAAUAUUUAAAAUGUUUUGUUUUAUAUAUAUAAAUAUAUAUAUAUAAAAAAACAAUAUAAGAUCUUUUUGUUGUUUUGAUAAAUUAAAGAAAAUUAAAGAAUUUGGCUCUUA